GCGGUGGAACAGAACCUCUCUAUAAUAUGGGCAACGAGCCGGAACGUGACCCAUUCCUUGAUAGGGUGUUCCAGAAUCAAGAAAAAAAAAGCCCUAUGUUAAAGGACAGCCCUUGGAUUUAUUCCGAUUACACGGGGCUGUCCAAGAAAGGGGUGGAAUGGAAGAGAACCGCGGUGGAACAGAACCUCUCUAUAAUAUGGGCAACGAGCCAGAACGUGACCCAUUCCUUGAUAGGGUGUUCCAGAAUCAAGAAAAAAAAAGCCCUAUGUUAAAGGACAGCCCUUGGAUUUAUUCCGAUUACACGGGGCUGUCCAAGAAAGGGGUGGAAUGGAAGAGAACCGCGGUGGAACAGAACCUCUCUAUAAUAUGGGCAACGAGCCGGAACGUGACCCAUUCCUUGAUAGGGUGUUCCAGAAUCAAGAAAAAAAAAGCCCUAUGUUAAAGGACAGCCCUAGGAUUUAUUCCGAUUACACGGGGCUGUCCAAGAAAGGGGUGGAAUGGAAGAGGAGAACAAAUUUGAUAGUUUGAAGGUUAAGGUGGAGGAGGAAAGGAGGAAAAUGAGGAAGGAGCUAGAUCAUGCAAAGAGACAAGUACAAAUCGAGGUUGAGAAAAAGAGGGCUGCAGUUGAAAAGCAGCAGAAUUUGGAGAAAAGAUUGAGGCAGCUGAGGAGAUGUGAGGAACAGGAAACAAGAGGACCAUGAUGGUCCUGAAUCGCUCACCUAUCCCCACAUGACCCAGGCUGAACUGAAACUAUGGUGACACUAUGAAAUGGGCCCUGAGACGGAACGGGCGCCAUAUCUUGACAGAUUAUUUGAAAAUAAUGACAAGAAAACUCCCCUCGUGAAAGGACAGCCCGUAGAUUUAUUCCGGCUCUACGGGGCUGUCCAAGAAAGAGGCGGGAUGGAGGAGUGCCAAGGAAUGCCAGAAACUUUGGAAAAGUAUAAGGAAGAUUUGGAGGAAAGAUUACAUCAUAUGAGGAGGAGAUGUGAGGAGCAUGAAAAAACAAUUAACCAUGGUGAAGCAGAACUGCUGUACGAAAUGGGCCAAGAGCCAGAAUGGGUCCUAUUUCUUGACCGGAUUUUUCAAAAUCAGGAAAAGAAAACUCCCCGUGUGAAAGGACAGCCCUUAGAUUUAUUUCGGCUGUACGGGGCUGUCCAAGAAAGAGGUGGAAUGGAGGAGACUGAAGAGAGAAAACUGCUUAAAGCAAAGAGAGACCGUUUAAACAUCUCUCUACAAGGAGUACAACAACAGAAAGUUGUAGCUUCUGCUGAUAAAGUUGUAGAAAAUGUAAGAUUUUGUAAGUAA